GAAAUUUUUGCGGAUGGCCUGCUGGAAUUAUUCAAACCCGCCGUCGGCCAACUUGACGAGCGUGUACUGGCCGUUCGUCAGAGUCAAAUGGAACUACGCCACAGUAUAGAAACGCUAGCAGAUGAUCUGAAAAAAAUCGCCGAACUCCAAAACUCAAAAAUGGAACUGGAACCAUAUUUGAAAAAAUUAACAAACGCUCGACGUCGAGUGAUGUUGGCGAACAACAUCCUUCAGAACGCUCAGGAUCGACUGAACAGACUUCAGACCCACGUCAACAAAGAACUUGCCAAGAAAAAAGCUCUCCUCGAU